UAUGGAUUAAUAAGUAUAAGAGACUUAAAAUCAUUAUGAAAUAAUAAUUAAUGAAGUGAUUGGAAAAUUAAAGAAAAACUCUGAUAAAGGGCAAUUAUAAAUGAGUGAAUCUGAGAUAUAAACUUUUAAAGAUGUAAUAUUAAAUUAAUACUUUUUUUAGCUUUGGUAAAGUAGUUUAAAAGCAAUUUAAGGCGGCAAAGAAAAUAGAUUAAAAAUAAAAGUUUCACCUUAAAUAAAGCAAAAUAUAGACAACCCUAUCGAAUAGGAGCCUGCCAAAAGAAAGAAAGUUAAAACUAAUGUAGAUACUUAAAUCAUAAAAAAAGUAUAUAUUUUCACUAUUAUUUUAUCUUAGGAAGAAGCAGAUGUAGUUUUCACUGAUGAAUCUGGAGAUGAAACUAGUUCAAAAGAAGAGAAAGCUGUUGAUUAGAAAGCAAUGAAAUAUUUGAAUUAUCAAAUCUAAAAAAAUGAAUGUUUAAGAGAGAAAACAUUAUUUGAUAAAAUAAGAGAGUUGGAUCAAUUAAAAAAUCUUGUUAAAGUAGAAGAAGAAGAUGAUGGUGAGACUGAAGAACCAAGAGUAUUUGAUACAUAAGUUUAUGCUUAAAAAAUAAACACUGAAAAUUUAGUUAGUCGUAUAAGGGUAUUAUAAUAACCUAAUAUAGCCAAAUAAAUCAUAAAAAAUGAGUUUAGAGUAUGUUCUUAUCAGAGAAAAGAAUAAUUAAGAAGCAAUAUAUCCUUAAGCAUAAUUGUUAUUUAAUUUUAAAACUAAUAAGAAAAAAAACUCUUAAUGA